AUGUCACAAGGAACGGCAUCUCCAGGGGUUUUCAUGUCUUUCUUCCGGUGGCUCCGACUGAAGAAUUACCAGUAUGAAGUGACAUUCUCACUAUACAUGUUGACCCCUAUAGAGAAAGUAGUUUUCAAUACCAUCCUUAUCCUUUUCAUUUCCAUGCUCAUCACUGCCGCCUACAUAUACCUGCCUGACCAUGUCCUUUCUCUAUACCGACAUAUCAACUAUUAUUGGGCUGGGCAGCCCGUCGCUGACCAGAUUGCGCUACACGCUGCUAACAUGAAACUCUCUACCGCUACCGCAACUGCCGCCGCCACAACAGCUGAAGCAUUGAAGGAAUUAUGA